UAAGCUCUCUCACCUUUCAUUUCAUUUCAGCUGACAAAUGAUAGCCUACCCUCGGGUUUUACAGAGGUUUUAGGGUUUGGAAAUCUGAAACUACCUAGGAAGUGAAGAGAGUAAUGAUUACUCUCUCGCCGUUUGAACAAUCAAUCCAGCAAAUUCUAGCAUUUUUUCAUUCAACAAUUAUUGAGGAACAACACACUUUUAACUAGCUGUACUGAACCAACUCUAAGACUGUGAGGGAGAGAAAGACAUUCAAAAUGGCAGCUUCGGUUGCUGGAAGAUCCACACUAAUGCGUGCAUUUUGCAGAGCAUCAAUGAAUCCUUCUUCGGCGACAAGAAGAUUCUCAUUGCCCCCACGCAUGUCCAAUUUUGUGCCUCAUCGAUCUCCAACUUCCUCUCCUCCUUUAAGGUUGCUCCGAAGAGAACUGAGUUCUCUUCAGCCUGUCCACUCCGCAAUUGCUUCGGCUUGCCUUGUCUCCAAGCUCCCCAGUGAAGCCAGCACCUCCACUGAAGGUAGAUUUGCAAACUAUCUCAGUCCCAUCUAGUACUGAAUGCAAGCCAAGAUCAGAGUUGUUCUACUUUUUAUCAUUGGCUCAUUAGUUCAUUUCUGAAGUUGGAGUUCAGGUCUUCCAGGCUUAAUUGCUAAAAAUGCUUUUCUAACUUUCUUUUACUAAGUAGCAACCCUCAAGCUAUUUCCUGAAGUUCUCCUAUUUUGUUAUAUAUAUGAUAAAUUUGAUUCACCUUGAUGAGAGAAUCUAUGUUUCCUGUUGUUUUAA